CUUGGAAGUGGGACUUCCUUGGGAAUGAUCAGUCUCCAAACACUUAACCUCGCCAAUAAUAAGAUUUCACGGAUAUCGGAUUCAGCAUUUCAUCAUCUUGAAAACCUUGCGUAUUUGUUCCUUGAAGGUAACAACUUAACACUUGUGCCAUCAAAUGCUAUUGGAAGGCUCAAAAAUCUUGAAAGACUUUCUUUGUCUCACAAUCCCAUUGGAUCGAUACAUCCUUUUGCAUUUAAAGGGCUUAACAAGCUUAGAUAUCUGUCUUUGAAAAACGUAAAGCUAAAAUGUAUUGCUGUAAAUGGAUUUUUUGGAUUAAACAACCUUAGCCAGUUAAUCUUAAGUUAUAAUGAUUUAGAAAAUAUAGAUUCCAGCACUUUUACUUUAUUGAACAAUUUAAUGUAUCUGCAGCUAGACAGAAAUAAAAUAACCAGUAUUGGCAAUGGUACCUUUGAAAAAAUGGGACAGUCACUUCAAAUACUCAGUUUAGCGUUUAAUAAUAUUACAGAGUUACAACCUGAAGUGCUCAAGCCCUUAGUGUCUUUAACUCACCUACAAGUAAAUUCUAAUCCUUGGAACUGCCGCUGCAAAACGCUUGGGUUACUUAAUUGGCUAGCGUCGUCUCCUGUUUCUGUAAAAAUCCAUCGUCAGAAUCCCCUGAGUAUGCGUGGCAGACCUUUGCAUUGCA